AUGCCUCCUCGAAUCUCCCCUUUCAGCACGCCGCUGUGCUGCAGAACGACCGGCAACGCUCCCGUCUCGUCGCUGACUGCGUACCUCUCCGGCCUCUCCCUCCAGACCCGCAAUGCGUCUAUCCUCACCAGUCUCGCCAACACCCCCGGUGCUAUUCACGUGAAGAAACGAGUUGGUCGUGGUCCCUCUUCCGGACACGGAAAGACAUCUGGUCGUGGUCAUAAGGGUCAGAAGCAGCAUGGAAAGGUCAAGCCGUGGUUCCAGGGUGGUCAGACACCUUUGAUCGUCAAGCAUGGCCGAAAGGGUUUUAGCAACUUCCGAGCCCCUCAGAUGUCAGAGGUCAACCUCGACCAGAUCCAGGCCUGGAUCGAUCAAGGACGAAUCGACCCCACGAAACAGAUUACUCCAAAGGAAUUGAUCGAGAGCGGCAUCCUCGGCACCAUAAAAGACGGUGUUAAGGUCUUGUCCCGAGGCGCAGAGGCUCUUAAGCAGCCCAUUGACGUGAUGGUCUCCCGUGUUUCUUCCGGAGCCAUUGCUGCUAUUGAAGGCGCCGGCGGCAAGGUCAUGACCCGAUACUACACCAAGUUGGCCAUAAAACGACUCUUGACUGGCGAAUCUGUCAACACGGAUCAGCCCCUGCCUCAAGGAAAGGAGCAUGUCGAGACUGUGCUGGCCGCAGCCCGCGAAUCCCCCUUCCGAUACCGGCUACCCGACCCUACCAGCCGUGAGGAUAUCGAGUACUAUCGUGACCCCGCGCACCGAGGAUACCUGAGCCAUAAGCUUGCGCCAGGCGAGUCGCCCAGUUUGUACUUCAGAGUGCCUGGUGUGCAGAAGAUUAAGAGCGAGGUCAAGAAGGAGAAGGCGGCCACUGAGGAGACUCUUUUCUAG